AUGGAACAAAGGAACAACGUGACAGAGUUUGUCCUCUUGGGGCUCACUAGGAACCUCCAGGACCAGAAAAUAUUGUUUGUGAUGUUCUUGCUUAUCUACGCUGUGACGAUGGCAGGGAACCUGCUCAUUGUCGCGACUGUGGUGGUCAGCACAACCUUGGAUGCCCCUAUGUACUUCUUCCUGGGCAACUUGUCGUUCAUGGAUGCUGUUUAUUCCACCACAGUGACCCCAAACAUGAUCAUAGACUUACUCUAUGAGAAGAAAACCAUUUCCUUCCAAGCUUGCAUGGCCCAGCUUUUUGUAGAACACUUAUUUGGUGGUGCUGAGAUUUUGAUCCUGGUUGCCAUGGCCUAUGACCGGUAUGUGGCCAUCUGCAAACCCCUGCAUUACUUAACAAUCAUGAACCAACGGGUGUGUGUCCUGCUACUGCUGUUAGCCUGCUUUGGAGGUUUUGUGCAUGCUGUAGCUCACCUUCUCUGUGUUUACAACCUUCCCUUCUGUGGCCCCAAUGUCAUCGAUCACUUCGUCUGUGACAUGUACCCCUUACUAAAGCUUGCCUGCACUGACACCUAUGUCAUUGGCCUCAGUGUGGUUGCCAAUGAUGGAGCCAUCUGUGUGGUCAUCUUUAUGCUCUUACUCAUCUCCUACGGGGUCAUUCUGCACUCACUGAAGAAUCUUAGCCAGGAGGGGAGACACAAAGCCUUGUCCACCUGUGGCUCUCACAUCACUGUGGUGUUCCUCUUCUUUGUCCCUUGUAUAUUUCUGUACGUGAGACCCCCUUCUACUUUACCCAUUGAUAAAUUUUUGAGUGUGUUUUACACAGUAAUCACCCCUAUGUUGAACCCCCUAAUCUAUACUCUGAGAAAUGCAGAAAUGAAAAAUGCCAUGAAGAAACUUUGGACCAGAAAAAUCACAAUUAUAAAGGUGAACAUAAGUGUC